AUGAACCGGGGCUCCAACGGGGACGACUGGGAUGAACAGGGAACAAACGGGGCUCCAUCGCAAAAAGAAAGUGGCAGUGCCAUUUUGGAUGCAACCACUGCUGGUUGUUAUCUGUCGAUCAGCUUUAACGAAGAUAUGUUACCACUGGGAGAGUCAUUUAUUGAAUUGGAUACAGAAACAACACUUCUUGAACCUGCUCUUGAUGACACUGUGGGACACAGCUAUAUUGCAUCUGAGAACAAUGAUUCUGCAGAUCAUCCACUAGGAUGCUCCUUGAUGCAACUAGGCCUGUCGAAAGACAUAAGUGGCAGUUCCCAACUAGGUGAACUAGAUCUUGGAGCUUCUUUGACUGAUGAUCGCCCAAGUCCAUUAAAAGGAGACCAGACUUUUUGUGCAGAAGAAACUUCAUCAAAAGGUCACAGUCUUGUGUUGUCGAGCACACCAGUAAGAGGGCACCAUGUUCCAUUUCCAUUCAUUGAUGUGGAGGAGUUUUCUUCUGUGCUCGCGACAACCUUUAUCUCAACUGCCACAGGAUACCACAAGGAUUCCGCAAGGAAGCUGUUUAAAAGAGCCCUGAACUUUGGCAGUAUUGAACAAAAUUCUAUAAAUUUGUGCAAGUGUGGCCUAAACUGUAUGGACAAAUUUUCCAUAGACACAAUAUUAAAAAUGCGCCAGAGUUUUUGGAUCAAAGCCUACCAUGAAAGAAUAAGCUGGAUGUCUUCCAAAGUUGGAAUGAGCCAAAAGUUAGGAAAGUUUACUUAUGUUUUUUUGGACAAUGGUCAAGGAGUAUGUCUUAAAGCAGUACAAAAUAUUCUACAUAUCAAUAAAAAUACCCUAACUAAAGCAAGGCGGAAUUCACGAAAUAAUGUUUUGGCAUCUUUUCCAACUAUGAGAGGAAUACAAACGCAAAGUAUCGAGUGCAUCAGUUGGCUAGAGACGUAUGCAUCCAUGUAUGGCGAUCGCAUCCCAAAUUCGAAAGACAUAUUAUUGCCAUUCAAAACAUUAAAAAAGCAUGUGUAUGAGGCAUACAAAUUAGACAUGGAUUCAAUUGUCUCUGAAAAGACUUUCUUCACGAUAUGGAAGAACCAUUUUCCACAGCUGAAGAUAAAGAAGUCCAGCACAUUUUCCCAGUGCGCGAAAUGUGCAAUUCUUCAGCGCAAGUUUGAGAGCUCAACAUGCCCUGAAACGCGCUUACAACUAAGGAAAGAAAGAUCAUUUCACAAUCAGCGACAAAUGUUAGAGCGAAAAUAUUAUUAUGCAAAACGGCAGGCUGCAAAAUCCAAUCCAGAUGCAUUUUUGUCUCUGAUUGUGGAUGGAAUGGAUCAAUCGAAAACUGAUCUACCGCAUUUUACAGGACGACAAUCAAAGGCAAUAAACUCUGCAGUGUUAUUAAAGACGCACAUUACUGGAGUAAUCAGCCAUGGAGAUGGUCUAUUUGCAUCAUUUUUGGACAUCUUGCAAUUUCCACAUGAUCCCAAUUUAACAAUAAAUGUCAUUCUGAAGACAUUGGAAAAAAUUGCUGAAAGAAAGGGAUUUUUACCUCCAGUUUUAUAUAUCCAGCUGGACAAUUGCUCACGAGAAAACAAAAACAAAUAUGUUAUGUCAUUCUGCGAAGCUUUGGUUCGUUUGAACAUCUUUAAUGAGGUCCACAUUUCAUUCCUCUAUGUUGGCCAUACCCAUGAAGACAUAGAUGCUGCAUUCAGCAAAAUAUCGGAAAAAUUACGAAAGAAUGAUGCGGAAACAAUUCCAGACAUAAUUAAUCUUGUCAGUGGCAUGGAGAAGAUUAAUUAUAUUUGGGACGUUAAAAAAUGGUUGUCUCCAGAAAUGAAUAAAAUUGUAGGAAUAAGUGAACCUUUGCAUUUAAAGAUAAGCCGCCAUGGAAAGAACAUUCGUGUACAGUUCAAAGGCCAACAGCACACUCAAUGGACAGUUCUUGGGGGUAGAGGAUCAUUUCUUAAAAGGAUUCCUACCAAAAGACCCAGUAUUGUUAAACCAAAUUUUGAUAAAAUCAAAGAAAAAAAAGAGCUACUUUCGAAACUAAUUUUUAAUAUUAAAAACUUGUUUAACGAUAAAAAUAGUUUUGAAUGGUGGGUUCAAUUUUUGGACAAGAUUGAAAAGAAUCAGCAACCGAAAGAUAAGUUUUGGAUGACACAACUCCCUAGGCAACCAAAUAAUAAAAAAAUGAAAAGGAAUAUGGAUUGUCUGGAUCCUAUCACACGUACCAUGCUGGAGAAAGAAACUUCCAAACCACAGACAUCAUGUGAACGGAUAAAAAAAUUGAAAUCCUCAAAGGCAUUGGCUGUGAAGAAAAGCGUUGGAAAAGCAGGAAAGCCACGAAAAGGACAUCAAAUGCUAAGGAAUAUUAAAUUAGGAAAGCAUAACGCAUUUCCGAGAAUCAGAACCGAUGGAAAGAAGAAGAAAAUAUUCAUUUAUGUAUCGAAGGCAGUUGUGUAUUUUUAUUCGUCGUACAGGAAAAGAAAAGUAACAGAAAUUCAACUAUUGAUAAUAUUAUAUGAAAUGUGUAGACUGCUACUUAUAAACUGUAUACAAAUAGCUUAUAUAUUUCAUGUUUGGACAUUCUUGUGUACAGUAAUUUGUCAAUCUUUGUUGGACUAUUUUAGGGAAUUAUUUGGGGAAUUGCUCAGAAUGCAUUUAUAUUUCGCCGCAACAGUAAAUUUAUACAUGUAUAGCUGUUUUCAAGCUCCAUUAUAUAACAGCUAUACAGGUAUUAAUUAACCAAUGUGAUGCUCAGGGUUUCUGUUCAAGCUAAACAAUAUAUGGCAUAUUAUUAAAUUAUGUUUCACUUCGUACCAAGCCAACAACAAGGAUAGAUGAAUAGUAAAUAAUUCAAUUGAUACAAGAUGUGGUGGUCAGGAUUUGUGUUCAAGCUAUGCAAUAUAUGCCAUAUACAUGUAUUGUAUAGCAUGAACACAAACCCUGACCAUCACAUCUUGUAUCAAUUGAGUUAUUUACUAUAGAUCUAUCCUUGUUGAUUUGAGUAUGAAGUGAAACAUAAUUUAAUGUUUAUGUUUCAUAUUUAGCAAUAGUUUCAACUUUUUGGGGGGUAAAUAUGAAAUUAAUAUGGAAAUGUGUGUAUCAGAGGAAUUUAUUUUGAAAUUGGUUAUUUGGCAUAAGUCUAAAAGAAAUUUAGUAUCAGUAUGUGGUGAAACAUAAUUUCACUUUUAAAUGUUUCAUAUUUAAAAGUAUUCUACAAUUUCGAAUAAUUUUGGUAAAAUAUGCAAUGAAUUUGGAAACAUGUGCAUCAUUAAAAGUUUCAUAUUUAACAGUAUUCUACAAUUUCGAAUAAUUUUGGUAGAAUAUGCAAUGAAUUUGAAAACGUGUUCAUCAUUAUGUUGUUAAAAAAUUUGCAUAUUUGCUUUUUUUAUAAAUGAGUAAACAAGAAUUAAAAAAAAAGACAGAUUGAUAAAAGUAAAUCGUUUUGAGUGUAAUAACUAAUUGUGUGUGAUACAAUGCAUAUAUAAGUUAGGGAUUAUUUUCACUUCAUUUAAAGUUGGUUUUAAGUGUUGACAAAAGGUCCAUUUUAUAACUAUUGAUUUGUUGUGAAAAGUAAAAUAAUAAUACAGGUCAUACAAGGUGCUGUUCAUAAUUUACCAUUUACUUUGUGAUAGUUCAUGAAUACUGCUUAUGUUUUAAAACAUUUUUUUAUCAACUGUUGGAAAUGGUUUCUCAACAAUGUUUAAAUUUCCAAGUAUUAAAUAAUUUACGCCUUCUACCUUUGCCAAGAAUUGGGUGCAACAUUUUGAUUUAUUAUUACACAUUUAGCAAAGUCAUAAUUUUCUUAUUUUUGUUAAUACAUAGAGUACAUGUUCUUAGCUGUUUUGAAGCUAUGAUGUAACAAAGUAUUUUAAUUUUCUUUAUAGUUGUUUAAUGAACUAAGUAUUGAAAAAUGUCCAUUUUGUAAUAUUUACAUUGAUUUUGAUGCAUUUAAUGAAUUUAUUUGAAUGUAUUUGCAAAUGGUUGUAAAUGUUCAUGUACAAAGUAUUUUGGUGUUAAGAAUCCAUAAAUUAUCAAAGUAUUUCUCACAAUUAUUCAGUGUUAGUAUAUUUUAAAAGACUUUGAACAAUUGAGAUGUUUUUUAUUUUAUAUGGAAUUUUAUGGGUUUGAUGACCAAUUCGAUUGCACUUGCAAAUGUUAGUCAAUAUGUAAAUUAUUAUUAUAGUUGUUUAAUGAACUAAGUAUUGAAAAAUGUCCAUUUUGUAAUUUUUACAUUGAAUUUGAUGCAUUUAAUGAAUUUAUUUGAAUGUAUUUGCAAAUGGUUGUAAAUAUAUACAAAGUAUUUUUGUGUUAAGAAUCCAUAAAUUAUCAAAGUAUUUCUCACAAUUAUUAUGUGUUAGUGUAUUUGAAAAGAAUUUGAACAAUUGAGGUUUUUUUCAUUUUAUAUGGAAUUUGAUUGCACUUGCAAAUGUUAGUAAAUUCACCAAGUAUUUCUGAAUUUUUUUUAAUAGUGCGUAAAUUUACGAAGUAUGUUUUGUUAAGAAAUGAAUUCACCCAAAGUAUUUCUAAAGGUUUUUAAUAGUGCGUAAAUUUACGAAGUAUGUUUUUGUUCAGAAUCUAUGAAUUUGCCAAGUAUUUCUGAAAGUUUUUAGUAGUGCGUAAAUUUACGAAGUAUGGUUUUGUUAAGAAUCUAUGAACAAGUAUUUCUGUUUUUUUUUAAUAGUGCGUAAAUUUACGAAGUUUUUUUUGGUUAAGAAUCUAUGAAUUUACAAAGUAUUUCUGAAAAUAUAUAAUAGUGCGUAAAUUUACGAAGUAUGGUUUUGUUAAGAAAAUAUGAAUUGACCUCUUAUUUCUGAAAAUUGUUAAUAGUGCGUAAAUUUACGAAGUAAGAUUUGGUUGAGAGUAUUUCUGAAAAGUUUUACUAGUUCGUAAAUUUACGAAGUAUGUUAUUUUUAAAGAAUAUGAAUUUACCAAUUAUGUCUGCAAAGUUUUAAUAGUGCGUAAAUUUACGAAGUAUGGUUUUAUAGAAGAAUAUGAAUUUACCAAGUAUUUCUGAAAAGGUUAAAUAGUGCGUAAAUUUACGAAGUAUGUUUUGAAUAGAUUCUUAACAAAACAUUCUUCGGAAAUUUCGUACUAUUAAAAAAAAUCAGAAAUACUUGGUGAAAAUUCACCAAGUAUUUCUGAAAUUUUUUAAUAGUGCGUAAAUUUACGAAGUAUGUUUUGUUAAGUCUUAGAAUGAAUUCACCCCAAGUAUUUCUGAAAGUUUUUAAUAGUGCGUAAAUUUACGAAGUAUGUUUUUGUUCAGAAUCUAUGAAUUUACCAAGUAUUUAUGAAAGUUUUUAAUAGUGCGUAAAUUUACGAAGUAUGGUUUUGUUAAGAAUCUAUGAACAGGUUUUUUUUAAUAGUGCGUAAAUUUACGAAGUAUUUUUUGGUUAAGAAUCUAUGAAUUUACCAAGUAUUUCUGAAAAUAUAUAAUAGUGCGUAAAUUUACGAAGUAUGGUUUUGUUAAGAAAAUAUGAAUUAACCUCAUAUUUCUGAAAGUUUUUAAUAGUGCGUAAAUUUACGAAGUAUGUUUUUGUUCAGAAUCUAUGAAUUUACCAAGUAUUUCUGAAAGUUUUUAAUAGUGCGUAAAUUUACGAAGUAUGGUUUUGUUAAGAAUUUAUGAACAGUUUUUUUUUAAUAGUGCGUAAAUUUACGAUGUAUUUUUUGGUUAAGAAUCUAUGAAUUUACCAAGUAUUUCUGAAAAUAUAUAAUAGUGCGUAAAUUUACGAAGUAUGGUUUUGUUAAGAAAAUAUGAAUUAACCUCAUAUUUCUGAAAAUUUUUAAUAGUGCGUAAAUUUACGAAGUAAGAUUUGGUUGAGAGUAUUUCUGAAAAGUUUUACUAGUUCGUAAAUUUACGAACUAUGAUUUUUCUCCCUUAAAAUGUUCGUAAAUUUACGAAUAAUUUCUUAGUUGAUGUCAAAUGUGUUCUUUUUGCAUUAAAAAUGUUCGUAAAUUUACGCACUUUUUUAGGAAAUAUACAAGUUUGGUAAUUCCUGUUCAUGCAUUUUGA